UUAUAAAAUAUCAUACCAAUACAAAAUAUUGUUGCAUGCAAAUGGAGUACAAUUUUUUGUCUACCAAUAUCAUUUUCUCUUUAAUAUUGCGAUUUGACUUCUAAAACUACUUUUCCCAUAUCACUCCAUGUUUUUCAAGAAAUCGCCUCAAUCAAAGAGUCUCUUGCUUGUACGAUAGAAUUUGUUUAAACUAUCCAUUUCAAGUUCAAAAUGGUGGAAUCAUCACAUGGCCAUCAGAAAGAAAGAAAUACUUCUCCAGAAUCCAAAUUGAUGCUCUGUCACUUGCAGUAAACUAUUCCGAGGGGAAGAUGAGAAAGCUGAGAUGGGCCACGGACGCCGGAGGGUUUUGGGAUUUGGAUUUAUCGACGCCGGUGACUCUCGACGGCCAGGCGCGUCCGGUUCCCGGUGACCCGCUUCCCUUGGGACUCUCUCGCGGCCAUAGGCUUUCCAGGUCCAGACAAGUCGAUUUCUUCCAGCGCUUCAUGGCCAUGCCCUUCAUCCCUUCCAUGGCCGCCUGUAGCGGAUUCCUACUUCAACGCGCGCUUUCCCUUAACAUUUGUGAAAACUGGGUCGCAACAUUGCUUUGUCAGCUAAAUUUGCAGAAACUUGUUUCUUCUAUUAGGAACGAAGGAUCGAUACACCCAUCUGAAUCCUCAUGGCUGCACACUUUUAGGAGACACCUCUUGGAUAAAUCCCUUUAUGCCUUUAAUCUUUGUUCAGAGAUUGUGUUAACACCAGAUGAUAUGUUACUUGUUAGCUAUUCCCAUGAUGAUGGUAAGAUCCCCCGGAAGAAAGCAGUUUUUCACCACAAGUUUCCGCAUCAUGAUCUCACCGUUGAGGCAGCUUCGCCCGGGAUGUUUGUUGAUCGGCUCGGAAAUUAUUGGGAUGUACCAUUAGCUUUUGCCUUUGAUCUUGCAUCAGUUACUGGUGAAUCCAGCUUAAGCUAUCAUCUUUUAGUCAACCACAAUACAGGUUUACCUAAACAGUGUCAUGGUCAGCCACUGGCCAAAGAAGUGCCCUCUUCUUUACUUCCGGGAUUUUGUGCAAAAGGUGCUGUUUUGUUGAAAAAAAGUAUGGACCUCUGGAGAAGUGAAUCAUCUCUGUUGAAAAUGGUGCAACCAUAUGACAUACUUUUGUCCAGUCCUCACAUCUCGGCCACGGGCAUACUUGGUGUGGUUUUAUCAGCGUGCAUAGGCGAGAAUUCAAUGAGAUUGAAAAAAGAAGACGAGUCGCUACCUUUCAGAAACUUUUCACUUCGAGCUCAACGUAAAAAUGCUGCUCUUUCAGUGGAUUUAUUUGCAUCUUUUUCUUUGUCUGCACAACACGGAAAUUUCCAAAGGUUCUUCCUGGAUCUUAGUAAAUUUGAUGCACGCUUUGAUAUACCAUGUGGGUCAAAAUUUAUUUCUGGUGUAACUUCUGUGGCACGUGAUCUUCACAAGUCUCUAGUGCCAAGCACUGAAGCGAUUCAAGCAGUUUGCCCCAAUGCCAUGGUUUCUUUUCAGCAACAGAUUGCUGGACCCUUCAGCUUAAGGGUAGAUUCAGAAAUAGCCAUUGACGCGAGGGACUUUCGUCCCAGAGUAAACAAUCCCAUCUUUGCAUUUGAAUAUGCGCUGAAAGUUCUUGGCUCCGCCAAGGCUGUUGCUUGGUAUUCACCAAGUCAGAAGGAAUUUAUGAUAGAACUCCGCUUUUUAGAUAGUUGAAAUGCGUUUUCAAAAGAAAAAAAAAGAUAGUUGAAAUGCUAUUUAUUUAUACAUCCCCCAAAAAGAAACAAAAUCUAGCCUCGAAUGUACACUUCUGUCUUCAUAUUCUUUUUAUUAUGCAUCAAUUUUUAAACUUGUAAUAUUAAUAAUAAUCACUCGUUUAC